UGUCGAAGAGAAGCUUGCUCGGCAAUACUGUGCAUAGUUUGAGCGUCAGCACACGUCUGGAUCUGACGGGAGUUCUAUUUCGGGAACGCUAACCUCACACUAAUGCUUAUCCAAUUCUCGACACUCCUUUGUCUUAUUAAAAGUAUAUCGGUCAAUUUGCGUAUAAAAUUAGUUUGUUUAUUAUAAAAGUCUUCCAAAAUGGGAAACUUACUCAGUGGUGCUUCAACAGAGAGUAACGCUUCAACUUUAAACAACGUAGCAAGUGAGAGUAACACAAUGGAAAACGUCAACAUCUUAGUUGAUAACGAUGAACCAGUCAUUGAAGAACAGUUCCAUGACAUUAUUAGUGAUGAUGAAGAAACACGUGUUAAAAAUAAGGAAAAAGAAAUGAAUGAAUUCAGAAAACAGUUAAGUAUCAAACGCGAACAAAGAAAAGAAAUAUUAGCUCGACAUAGAUCUGAAAAGAAAGAUUUAGAGAAUGCUUUACAAGAUGAAAAAGAGUCUAAAAUACAAUUAUGUGAAACAAAUAGACUUCUUCGCGAACUAUUGAAGAAAAAUAACAUUGAGAUACCAGAAAAUAUAGAACCUGUUAACGAAAAAUCUUAUAUCUCAGAGUCUAUAACACAAAUGAGAGCAGAAAUCGAAAAAUUAAAAUCCAACAAUAAUAAAUUAAGAUGUGAUUUAGCAAAUUCAAAUCAUGCACUUCAAACAGCAUACACAGAUAUUGCAGAAUUAAGUGCUCAAAAUACAGAAUCUAUUAAGCAAGUUAACGCACUGAAAGAAGUUAUAACAGUAAGCAAAACAUUGAUCAGCCUUCGUGAACAACAACUUACUGAGUUAAAAGAUAAACUUAACGAAAUAGAACAAUCUCUUGCUGAUAGAGAAACAAACAUGCUAUCAGCUGAUUUAAGACAAGAAUACGAACGGCAGUUACAAAAUAUCCGGACAUUACGUGGGUUAUAUGAAGAGCGAGCUAGAUUAGCAGAUGUAUCAAGACAAGCUCUCGCCAGAGAUUUAGAAGAGCAAAAACUGCUUCUUGAGGCCGAAACUAAUAAAACGACUGAUUUAACCAAUAAAAUUGAGGAACUUGAAACCAAGAUCAGCGACUUAGAAGAAGCAGUUGACGACAAAAAUAACUUGAUAUCUGCUUCUCGCGAGGAAACACGAGGAUUAAAAGCAGAAAUGUUGGUUAUUAAUAAGUUAUUUUCGCAAGUAUUAUUGGGUUACAAAAAUAAGCAAGAUUUAGACAAACUAGUGCACCGUCUGGAAGAAAACCACGGCUUACUAACGCAAAUGGCCGGAAGAGAGAAUGGUUCAGAAGUAUCUACAGAACUACCAAAAUUAUUGUUGGAGAUCGUCAGCCAAAUAGACGAGGACGACAAUAAUGACUUGAAUAUGACUAACGAAGAAAUCCCGAUUGCAGAAAAUGAUUCCCAAAACUUUGUCAAUACAACACCUGAAGAAAUAGUUGAGAAUCUUCCGAAAGUCUGGCGCGUUUUAAUGGAACUAUUAAGUCAUCAAAGCGAAGCUGACACCAAUACCUCUGAGAAAGUAACAACCUGUUACAAGUCUGUCGAAACAAAAUCAGGACCCGUUCUUGUGCCAAGUGUUAGUCAAACUUAUAUAAGGCUUAAGGAUUUGAUUCUUGAAAAAUUGACUUUGAUCAAAGAAGUUAGCCGUAUGAAACAACUGAAUACACAUCUAGAAUCACGUUUAGAAGAACAAGAAAGGAGACUUUGUCUGGUCACAAACGAAUUAAGUAAGACCUGGCACGUUGUCGGUAGGCUACGACGUCACCAUCAUCAAUUACAUACCCAUGAAAAGAUACUGAAAUACGAACUACAACAAAAACGAAAAUUACUGAAUGAGCUUAAGGAAGAGCUUGAAUAUUGCCGUGAAAAAUGGGAACAGGCGAGAGAGAAAAAUACUCAAUCUGAAAAAGACUGGCGUAAACUACGAACUGAGUUUUCAAACAGAAAAUUAAAGCCAGAGCAAGCCGCUUUAAAUAAUUCUGCUGAGAGUGGUUAUAGUGAUGAGAGACCAUCGGAUUCAUCGGAGUCAAAUGAUGAAAGUGAGUAUGUUGAGAUGAAGGUAAAAUGUAAAAAGAAGCAAAAAAAGUCAUUUGAAACUAUUAUAGACUCAAGUACUGAUUUUAAUUUGGCUGCAGAAAGGGAAGAUCCUGCAAGUGAUUUGUUAGAUGUAGCAGAACUUCCACUAGAUACUCAAGACGAUAAUCCCGAAUGCGACGUGUCAGAUUUAUGUAAAAGUGAGAUUAUCUUAAAAGAUGUAAAAGUUUACGACGAAACUGAAGAUGAAAUAGCUGAUAUGGCUAAUGAUUCGUGCUUAGAAGACAUUUCCAUGGCAGAAAGUCCCGUUGCAGAUAAAUCUACAUGUGAUAAUACAAAUAUUCAAACAACCAACUUAAGUAAUCUGGAUAAUAAUUCUGUAGAUCCCCUCGAUGAGGUACCGACACGAAGCAACCAAAGCGAAGAUAAAACGGAGAUGAUAAACUUUGAACACAUCGAAGACAAAAGUAAUUACUCUGAAUGUAAGAGCGACUCUGAUAAAAAUAUUAAUGAAACGCAAAUACACUUAAAUCUAUGUAACGAUAUAAGCGAAAUUCCUGAUUGUAAGUCAACAGAAAAUGUACCUCAAAGUUCCACACAACAUUCAGAACAAAUUACUGAAAUCGAUUUUAGCGCAAUAUUAGAAAAUGUAAAAAAACAAAAUGAACGACUUCAGAUUAAAGACAAACGCUUAGAUAGUUUAGAGAAUGAAUGUUCAUCUGUUGUUGCAAAUAUAUCUAAUACUCUUAACUCUGGAGAUAAAAUGAUUGCUAAACUAGAUAGUUUGCAUACAAAUUUCAAACAAAGCGUACCAGAUCAACCACAGUUACCAAAACAAGAAAACAUAUGCAGUAAUGAAAAUCAAAAUCCUGAUUUAGAAGAACCAUCAUCGUCCAGAGAUAUUGACCAUGAAGCUAGAUUUGCCGCCCGUGAUAUACGAUUGAAAAGAUUGGAAGAGCAAACAAAAUCUUUAGUGAGUAAAGUAAAUAAAACCGCAACGAAAGGUGUGAAAAUCCAUUACAAGCUAGAAGAACUGCAUAAUAUUUAUGGUUCUGAAAAUUCGCGGUCCGGAACACCAUCAGAAGAUACUGAAGAUAUUUCACAAAAUGAUGAUGAAAUGCCAAACGAAUAAUUACAUGUCUUGUUUAUUAUGUUGCAUGCAUACUUUAUUAAAACACAUAUUUAAAUAAAAAAAUAUAUAUA